AUGUCCGCAACUGAAGGGCUUGCUGCCUGGGAUGCAGCCAUAUCUAUUCCAACCUUGUUCGGCAGCUUGCUGUCCAUGUGUUCCACCGCCACGGUCAUCCUACUUUGGAUAUUUGCGCGAGGAAAGAAGAGGCGCGACUUCCGAUAUGCACUGAUACUGAAUCUUACAGUUACUGAGUUUAUGAAUAGUCUUAAUAAUUCGGUCUCUGGCAUCGUUGUAGUCUCGAAUCGGCGAGCGCCUAUACCAGGCCUCUUAUGCAAUAUAAACGGCUGGGCCGGUCAGUUUUCCGUGGUGGCCGUCGAUUUUUCCGUUCUCGCCAUCACCGUGGUUACCCUCCUGACCAUACAACUUCGCUCUUCCAUCAUUUAUGCGUCCACGAGUACCAAGGCGCUGAUAUGCCUUGCAAUUUGGGUUGUACCACUCUGUAACAGUAUCAUUGCAUUGGUGAACAACUAUUACGGACCUGUGUCCGGCAAUUGGUGCUGGAUCGAAAAGCGUUUCACACGCGAGCGAUAUGCUCUCAACCAUGGCUGGCGCAUUUCGAUAUUCUUCAUCUCUGUAUGCACGUAUGCAUACGUAUUCUACUACAUGGUCAGGCGCUUUCGACCACAAAGCCUUUCGUCGUUGAGUGCCAGCAGCUUCAAUGAAUUCGAGCAUGAGCUGGAUGCCAGGAGAAGAAACGGUGGCGUACUGGCUGGGUGCGUAACUCCGCCAGUUAACCCACCUGAGCAAGUCGGUAAACCUUCCCCGAAAGAUUCGGGUAACAUUCUAGGUCAGGGAGUGAGUUUCAACUUGGCAAGAUUUGACAAGGAACCCGCUGUAUUGCACGGGCCCGAGGACAUCCAUCAAGGCAUUAAUGCAUCCGGUACCCCGGACCCCGAACGUCUUGCGUUUUCGAAUAAGGAAUUCGGGGGAAACGACCUACAAGGACUUCCUACAGCGGAGCUUCCCGGUCGCAGGCCGUCACGAUCAACCCGUACAAUCGACCGCGAAGUCUGGAGGAUGUUGCUUCUCAACAUGUAUCCAGUAACCUACCUGGUCCUAUGGCUGCCAGGUAUGUUGAAUCGUCUCACAGAAGGGCUGGGACACAAUAUUCGUGCUCUGGUCAUCCUGCAGAGCUCAACGCAGUUCAUUGGCUUUGCCAAUGCGACUGUAUAUAUAUAUCAAGAACAUGGAAAAGACUUACGAACGUUCUGGGACACAAUACGUACUCGGAAAGCCCCGCGGCACGAAGUGCUUCCAGAAGUCAAUCGUCCUCCGCCUAGGCGUUGGAAUACCAUCACAAUUUAA